AGAGUUACAAAAGCUCAUCAUUUGGAGCGAGGCCAAUUUCUGGUGCAGACCGGAGCAGCACGGAAACCUCACAGGCAUCAUGAAGACUAUGAUCGACCACGUUCUUCUCUCUCUAGGAAGCGUACGUCGGACCCAAGGCAAGACGUUGGAUGUUGCCCAGGUCAACGGCGGGUCGCAGUCGUUCAAUGCUGUCAAUGCACUGCGGAUUCUAGGCCGUUGGAUGAGGAUGCUUACCAUUCCCAAUCAAGCAUCUUUACCCAAAGCAUGGACCCAAUUCGAUGAAUUGGGACGUAUGUUACCAUCGUCGAAUCAAGACCGAGUCGUCGAUGUGUGUGAGGAGCUCGUCAAGGUCUCUUGUCUCUUCUAUGGUAAAGAAGAGCGUUCUGCUGAUCGAUGGAGCGAGCGGAGGGAAAAG